AUGGGUGGCCAUGCUUUCAAAGGACUAUACUGUCCGCGCAUCUCCCUAGUUGUCUACAACAAGGUCAAAGCACAGGUGACCGCUGCGUUGCAGACUGUCUUCGCACAAGUUGUUGUGCCAACUGAGAUGCCCGGCAAGGAUGAUUUUGGUGACGUCGACUUUCUAGUCUGCGAACCUCUACACUCUCGACACAGCACCUCGAUCGACGAUUUUCCCUGGCAGAGCACCGUAUGUCUCAUCAAAGAAGUACUUGAUACUACCCACGGACGUCGGGGCUAUCUCACCCCAGAUUGCAUGUACUUUGCCAUCGAUGCUCCCCACGGCGAAGAAAACUACUUUGUUCAGAUCGACGUCAAGGUCUGCUUCAAGCCCGAGCUGUUUCGUUGGUGCCAUUUUGAGCUCAAUUACGCAAGCAACAGCAAGAUCAUCGGAAGUAUGGUGAAGCCGCUGGGUCUUACAAUCGACCCGGAAGGUAUGCACAUCCGCGUUGAAGAGGUUGAAGAGACAAACUUUCCUGGAAGCAUGGUGUGGAUUAGCAAGGAUCCGAAGGAUGCGCUGCGGGUCGUAGGUUUGGAUCGGAGGAUACUGAGCGCUGGCUUCAAGAGCAAGGACGAGAUCUACGAACAACUUGCCAGCUCUUGGCUCUUCCAUCCGGGUCACUUCGCCGCACGACUGGCUGAGGAGAAGUACAACGACCGUCUCGAAGAUCGCGCGCCGCAUUGGACGCCUUUCAUCAAAGAAUGGGUACCCGAGCAUUACCCUGGAUAUUUUCUCAAUGAACGCGUUACCGGAUUGGAGGACAACGAUAGCCAAACUAGCGAGCACGUCGACGAUGAUCUUCGAUUAUGGUAUAAGCGUACCAGGGCAGCUGUCCGUGACAAGGUCUUCACCAUGUUUCCUCAUGUUGCAAACGAAUACUACAUCAAGCGCGCCGCCUGGGCCAAAGAAUUCGAGGAGCGGAGACUAAGAGAUCUCAUCACGAAUACCAUACCAACCGGCAUCUAUAGAUGGACCAGCGACAUUUCUCGACCUACCAUCGUUGUCAAGCACCAACAUUCUGCCACUCCUGAUCUCUCACCUGCGAUUAUCGGCGAGAUGACACCACCUUCAACAUCACCCCUCACGCCGAGCUUAUCCAUCGCUGCCACAUCUACGACGCCCUGCUCACCUGUCUCGUCAUUCUUCCCUCCCCUCCCCUCUACGCAAUCCCAAGAUGUACCGGUCUAUAUCGAUGCCCUUCCGCGCACGCCACCAGUGCCAUUCACGCCGCAUCCACCACCAGCUAACAUGUCGCCCUCAUCCAAGCUACUUUGUCUCUUCCGCUGGACAUCAUUCGACCCCGAAACUGGUACCCUUUCGCUCGCUACUACGCCGCGCGAGAAGAACUUCCAGAUGCAGUGGACGGAUGUGAAGUAUGCCGGUGCAACGGAUGACGAGCUCGUGCGGUGGGCGGGGAGCAUGUGGUGGUGUAUCUGGAUGAGACAGGCGGCUGUCAACUACAUGGGUAUGUGGAGGAAGAGGUUUGAGAAGGAGGAUAGUAGGAGGAUGAGAGAGGUGGAGAGCAAGAAGGAUGUGGAGUUGAAGGAGGUUCCAAAAGGAGAGGCAGUGGCAGACAGAUUGCAGAAGAUUAGAGGAAGGCUGAACAGGUUGAAUGCGGGGUUGAUGUCUUUGGGAUAUAUUGUACGCCAUAUGAAGCUAGCGUGCACGCCACGUUAUGAGAAGGCUGAGACCCCACCUUGUGAAGGCCGAACUGUAGAAAGGACAUCACACACUACGCAUAUUACAUCGGCAGCCAUGUCUUUGUGUAAUGUCUGCAGAUUCAUCCCAUUUCGCAAGAUCAUCCACCGUGAUGAAGAAGCGAUCGUGAACGACGGCUUCAGGUUCAAUUCGGUUGGACGAACAUCGCCGAGGUUUUCAAACCACCUUCCUUGGAACAAGCGACGAUGCACUGUGCCAGAGUUGAUUUCUCGCGCUAAGACGUGCCGAUUCUGCGAACUUGUUUUGCUAAGCAUCAAAGAUGCCACGUGGACCAGGCGUAACAUGGUAGAAUCCAUGACAUGGGAAGAGGCCAAGACGGCCAUGUCGCGGAACCUUAUGAUCUGGAUGGAGUUCCGGUUGAUUCAAUACCACUAUCCGAGCUUUAUCGUUAGCUUAGGCAACCCUCACGGAACGAAGACUUGGAAUUUGGAGCUCAAUCUCCGGAAAAGUCUCAUCAGUUCGUUGAAGGGCCCACUCGAUCGUGUUGUCUUCCGAGACACACUUCACCCUGACACGCUGAGUCUAAUGCUAUCCUGGCUAGACGGAUGCAAUAAUGACCACCCCAAGUGCUCUCAUUUGUCGACCAGACUUGUUCCACUACCGACAAGGGUCUUGGACGUAAGCGCGUUGCUCGAGCUAGGAGACAUGCUUGAUAGCUGUCGUAAUUGGCGAGAGCUGUUUCAAGGAGCAAAUUGCAAGCUUGUCCAAACUUCCAGUGGUCAGACGGGCCAGUAUGCUGCGUUGAGCUACUGCUGGGGCGCUGACUUACCCUUGAAAACAACUACAGCUAAUCUGGAAGCACACGAGUUCGCUAUCGGCUUUGACACAUUACCACGGACAUUACAAGAUGCUAUUCUGAUUGUGCGAUGGAUGGGCAUUGAAUAUAUUUGGAUCGAUUGUCUGUGCAUACUGCAAGACUCUAAAACAGACUGGGAAUACGAAGCUGCACACAUGGGAGAUGUCUACUCCAAUGCGUACUUGACAUUAGCGGCUUCAAGAGCAAAAAGCUGUGACGAAGGAUUUCUUGGUCUUCGCAAAGUGCGCUCCCCGUUCUGUAUAGACAUCGAAGAUAAUGAGGGCCCAUUCGAGUUAUACUUCCAACCGCCUUCCAUUUUUAGAUAUGGAUACUCACAGCCUUUGGAUCUUCGUGCAUGGGCUGCCCAAGAAAGCCUUCUCUCCCGUCGUGUUCUAAGCUUCAAGGGAGACCAGAUGACCUGGGGAUGCGAUCAGUUUCAUGGAACCGAAGAGGGCCACGAAGAUCAUUGCGGUCUGAUCAUAGCCACACGAAUUGAGUUGAUUGCAGAAUCUUUGAGUCAAUCCACGCCGCAACGACUCGCAAUAAGACACUGGACCCGCUUUAUAGAGGCUUAUAGCGCACGCCAAGUGACCUAUGAGACUGACACUCUACCAGCAAUAUCGGGUAUCAUUCAAGAGAUUCAAAAGCUUACUGGUGACACGUACUACGCUGGAUUAUGGAAGCAGCACUUCCUGGACGGGCUUUUGUGGCACCCAGAGAUGUUGUUGGGUUCGCCAGAAAGACUGAAAGGACAUCCCCAAACACCGAGAAGACGAAACGAAUGGAUCGCUCCUUCAUGGUCUUGGGCGUCUGUAAAAGGUAAAAUUACGCACCCGUCAAGGAACUCCGACACUGAGUACUGUGCUUGUCUCGAAGAGUGCAGCGUCACUCACUGCGGUAUUGACCCCCUUGGGGCACUCAAGGAGGGUUUCGCCCGCCUCAAGGGACCAGUAACGCUUAUAACAGAUGUUCACCAGGUCGAAAACCAUCCUCUGGGUUACCUAAGUUGCAUGAUUCAGCUCCGUAACGGCGCAUCGACUGAGGGUACAGUCUUUUUUGACUUUGUUCAUCAUAUGUCCUGCGAUGUAUUGAUGAUCACACCAUGUUGGGGCAUAUGUAUCGAAAAGGUCGAACAUAUGACGAACACCUAUGUGCGUGUUGGGGUUGUCCAGAUUCGGCGUGUGCAAAAUACUGGUGACAAGGUUAUUUAUGACGACCUCGGAAAUCCAAUGGAACCAGGAUCGUGGCGUUGGCCAACCACAUCGGAUCAUGUUCCGCCACGUACUAUUGUAUUGAUCUAUACCUCGUCGCACCUCCUUAAGCACAGCAUCUGGGACGCUGCCGAUCAUGGUGAGAUCUUUGCACCUCGUGGCAUCAACAAGAGAUCAUCUAUACUACCACAGGAAGCAGUAUCUUGGAAGUGCUUUGGUACUCGUAGCGUACAGUAUGUGUGGCAUUCUUUCAUUGCCCCGAAGUCUCGCCAAUUCUACGACCAGCAGUGA